AUGAUUGGCCGUCCUCAGCAGCGCUAUGACGAGGGUUGCAGCCGGUGAAGACGCUCAGUUCGUACGGAUUUACGUCUCGAAUUGUCGCCGGGAAUAUUAACGGUCCGAGGAAGCUGAGACAGUUUUUUCUCCUAUUUUUCUUGUUUUUUUUUCUUUCACGCGAUAAACGAGCGAGGACGAUGUUGUGAAAGUGAGUUCCACGAGUCUACCAAGAGCAUAUAACUCGGUUAGACAUUGGUCUUCUUUCGUGGCCCUCCUACCUUAUUACUCUCCCUCUCCGCACUAACGAUACGAGCUGUGAGCUACGACUGCGAUUGUCUCGACUUAUCGCGGGCCGCCGAAAGAGUACGGGCGAGAAGUUGAUUGUUUGGGGGGAGGAGGCGGUGACGGUGGCGGUGGCGGCAGCAGUGGCGGUGCUUGUGGAGGCACGAAUCUUAGCCAUUCAUGAGGCGUUCAUUGUAAUAUGGCUUUCAUGAUGAAGAAGAAGAAGUAUAAAUUCUCCGUGGAAGUCGGCCUCGAGGAGCUGACCGCGGUGCCUUUCGUCAGUGCCGUGCUGUUCGCCAAACUGAGGCUACUUGACGGCGGCUCCUUCGUCGAUCAUUCCACGAGGGAAGAAGUGCAAGAGCACACGGUCAGGUGGAAUGCUUCCUUUAAAUUUCUCUGCAAAAUGAGUGCCAACGCAUCGACGGGAGUUCUCGAUCCAUGUAUUUUAAGGAUAUCAGUGAGAAAGGAAUCGAAGGGAGGCAGGUCCUUCCAAAAGCUCGGCUUCAGCGACUUGAACCUAGCCGAAUUCGCCGGAGCUGGCCUCUGCCGAAGGCGGUGUCUUCUCGAGGGCUACGACGCGAGGCAUCGUCAGGAUAACUCCAUGCUCAGGGUCGCCAUCAAGAUGAAUAUGCUCUCCGGUGACAUUCUCUUCAAAGUACCUUCGCCGUCGCUGAAGCAGACGCAGCUGGCGGUGCCCGGUGUUCCGGGCGUCGUGCCCGUGGAGACGGCGGACGAGGUGAUAGGGCCCGAGCGCUGCAGCAACCGCGAGGACUACGUCUCGACCGGGUCCCUAGCCGGCAGCAUAGCCAGCACCAGUAGCGGCUUUGGCAGUCUUCCCAAGAAGAGGCCGGCCCUCUUCGCUUCCGAGCUCCUGAGCGGCACGGAGUCCUACGACCCGAUGACGCUGAGCGAGAUCGUGCCCUCGGUUCUGCCGGCGGAGACCAUCAGCGAGGUCCACACGGAAUCCGGCCACUCGCGCAACAGCAGCAACACCAGCCAACUGAGCAAGGGUUCGGGCUACGGCUCGCUCAACUCCCACAGCCAGCACAGUAGGCAGAGCAGCAGCGGGGACAGCGGACAUAUCAGGUCGCCCUCGUGGCCAGUUUGGGCGCCGCGCCUCCCGAUCCUCUCCCAAAGCACGAGCAACGGCGCCAGCGACAAGGACAGGAACAAAGAUUCUCUUUCCCAUCGUCUCAAAGUCGACAUCCCGAGCGAGUACUUGACGCUCUCCCCGCCGUCGCCCCUCUCCCUCGUCGUGUCCCGCACGCGUUUCAGCCCCAUAUCUUCGACGCCGCUCUCGACGCGCUGCGGUCUGAGGAAGUCGCAGAAACAGUCGUUGCCGUCGUCGUCGCCGACGUCACCGCUGGGCCCCGCGAGUCCCGGCGAGUCCCACAAGGGCAACGGCGUCGUCUUUGCGCCCAAAGCCGAGGAACCCCGGCUCCGCAGAGAAGUGGCGCCGGUGCACUUUCGACUGCCCGAGGCCGCGGGACCCAAGAAACCGGGGCCCGGGGCCCGUAAUGGGCACCCGCGUAUCGGCCACGCGAGCUGGCGCGGCAUCUCCAAAACGUGCGACUGCAUAGAGCGCGGCGGAAAAACGAGUCCCGUGUUGAAGCUGGCCGAGCAGGCGCGGGCCGUUUCCUCGCCCGACCCUCUGCACAGACCCGAGACCGCCAGGGCCUCGUUUAUCGCCGCGAUCAGCGCCGCUAAGAGUAGCAGCAGGGGCAUCGGCGUCGGUGGCGGCCAUCGCAAGCUCCUCGACGGCGCCGGCGGUAAGCUCGCGACCGUCACCACGAGCCCGGACUCCGGGGAGUCGUCCUCACUGGCCUUGUCCGAACUGCUCACGGUUGUCCAGCACCGAAACAGCAUUACCCCACCGAACCCGUCGGGCGGCUCAGGUCUCAGUGAGACCGGAUCCUUGGACCGGGCGAAGGCGGCCCUCGAGCGUAGAAAGAAGGCCGAAGACGGUACGGGGAAUCCUGUCCUCUGCAGGGUCGAGGUCACGAGGCCGAACCCAGACUCCCUCAUCGACGAGCUUAUCAAAGCAACGAAUCUCGAUCAGUCGGUCUUGGAGAGCGCCGAAACGACCGGUCUCCAGCUCUUUAUAGCCAAGGACGGCACUACGGCCCUAGGCUCGCACGAGGUCAAGUCUCAGAUGCCCGCUGGCGUGUUCAAGCAGGUGGUCAUGGAGGAGAACAGCAGGUAACACGAAGCCAGCUCUCGGGCCCGGGGCCGCUUCCAGCGCCAGCCGAGCGCCGGGGGCGGCCUCACCCUGAGCCUCGCCCUCGUGCCGGAGCUCACCUACGAGCUCGCCUGCGAUGCCCCCGGACGUGACUACGGGGAGGCCGUUGCGCUUCGAUCCCUCUCCAGAUUAUGAUCGCAUUUAGCGGGUCCCGAGCCCCGGAGCCCGAGCGGCUAGUCGGUCAAUCGCUCGAACGAGCCUUGCUGCUCGUCUUCUGGUUUUGGCGUGUCGGGACGAGGGGCUGACCGAUCGACCGAUCGAUCGUCCUACCGAUCGACCUA